AUGAGUGUGAUUCUUGAAUUCGGACGAUACUCCGGAAGAAGUAUUCGCUCAGUAUAUAAUUAUGAUCGUGCUUAUUGUCGGUGGCUUGCUAGCAAGAAUAUUUUCUCAGAAGAUUCUCCGAUCGGUAAGUAUCUCCAACUAAAGUUUGGAUAA